AUCUUGUCUGUGGAAGAUAUUUACGAUAUCAGUGUGGCCGUGCGCGCCGCUAUGCACGCGCGUGCGUUGUUCGUCACGAUUUUUGUCGCCAUAUCAAACUGUGUGACGCUGACGAUCCAUCAAAACAACGAGCCAGACAUAGUAACACAUUCAAAAGAAGAACUGCCGCCACUCUUUAUAGUGUGCAACCUCACCGACAUAGUGACGAUUACAGCACCAGACAAAUAUAGUAAAGACGCGCUGUACUACUUAUACAACCCAACUAAUGACGUCACCAAAUUGGACAUUAAGCAAAAUGUAGCAACCGACGAAAGACAUGCGAUUACCGGUGAUAGAACACUAGUAAAUAAAUAUAGUGUAAGAAAUGUUAAUUUAGGAAAAAAAGUCGAUUCAAAAACGAAUGAUUCGUUUGGAGGAAACAAUGAGUUUGAUAUUGGGCCGGUGGGAGAAGAGGACCAUGGGAAUUGGGUGCUCAGCAUUUAUUAUAAGAGGAACGGAUCUUGGGUGGAAGUGUUCCAGGUUAUCACAAUACAGAUAGUUGAUUACGUCCCAAUCGAGCCAUCGUCCUCCGUACUAAACGAGGGAGAAACGCUGGAGUUGCGUUUCGCGUACCCUUUACCAGACGUCGAAACUUGUGAGCUGGUACAACCUGCUGUCGACCGACCUUACGACAGAGAGUACGAGCGAACAUCUCUGCACACAUGUACUUACGUCCUCCGUAACCUGAGCGCCCAGGACUCAGGAGUCUGGAAGAUAGUAGCAGUCGGGAACAUCGUGUAUGAAGGCCGGAGCUCCAUUGAAGUUAAGAAAAUUCGAGAGAAUAUUCUAGAGGCUUUACCCCUUGUGAGCUCUAGUGGGGGAACCAAAUACUUAAUGUGUAGUUUAAUCCUGCCAGUUGGACUGAUUUUGAAAAUAUAUUGCUUAUAGUUGA